UGGGAGCACCGACAGCUCGUUGUUGCAGAUCUAUUCUUUAGGUGCGUAAUGAGUUUCAUCCUAGUUUCCCCUCCAAUUUUUUUUUUACCAAUUCGAUUUCCCUCGUUCUAAUCCCGCCUCCACAAGCGUCUGGCCGUGGCCUUCGAGCCGGCCGUCUCCAAUGGACCCGCUGGCCUCCUACCUCUGCCUCACCGUCCUCCCCCACGAGAUCAAUUAAUGCAAGCUGCAACAAGGCGCGCGUGGAGGGCUGCGCGGCGAGCGGCCAUAGCGAGACGGCGGCGCGGUGCCUCAUGGAAGAUGCCGCCGCCGAGCACACGAUGCGUGCCAUUCAUAUGUGAGAAAACGUCGCGGAGGCGCACGGAGGCCCAGGGAGAGGACGGCGUCGACGACGAAGAUGAGGUUGGAGUCGACGAGGGGAGUGAGAAAAAAAGAGCGCGGGAUGCGGGAUCGCUGAAGGACCGAUAUACGGCGUAUAUGCAGGACGAUAGAGGUGUAUUUAACGUCUGCAUAUUUUUACAGGAAGGAUGGAAGAAUUAUUGGAGGUAAUUUUUUUAUUUUUCCCUUAAGAUUUUGAACAAUUUUAAGUGAACUUUUAGAGUUGAGUCCGACGCAGCGCCAACCAACUCCACGGACAACAGUGACAGCGACAGCGAGUGAUCCAAUACCAACUCCUUCGAACCGACUCUGCACACGUUGACGAAUGGGGUCUUCCUUCUUCCUUCUUCCUUCAAUUAGUGCAACCAAUCCCAAGCUCCGAGCAGAAACUUAAUCAGAGCAACCACGGAGAUCAGAUCCGCGACAGCUGCCGCGCGCAAUGGCAUCCCCGGCGAACGGAGCGCUGGAACGGUGCAAGAGCGCCAUCACGGCCGCCACGUCCGUGGUGGCCGCGGCCAUGCUGCUGCGCCGCCUCGUCGCCGACGUCCUCCCGGCCGGCGCGCGGCCCCUGGUCGGCACGCUGCUCCUCCUCCCGCCGCCCUCCGCCCGGCGCCACGCCGUGGUGAUCGAGGAGUUCGACGGCGCCUUCUACAACCGCGUCUUCCUCGCGGCCAGGGCGUACGUCUCCACGCUCCUCGCCGCGGCGCGGGCCGGUGCGCCGGCCGUGGUCAAGGCCAGCCUGCCGCGCGGCGCCGGCGCGGAGCAGAUCACGCUCGCCAUGCGCCCCGGCACGGCCGUCGUCGACGUGUUCCGCGGGGCGGAGCUGAAGUGGCGUCUCAGCGGCGGCCGCGGCACCGGGCGGCGACGGGCGGACGGCGGCGGCGCGGGCGAGGCGUUCAGGCUCAGCUUCGACGGGCGGCACAAGGACCUGGUGCUCGGCGCCUACCUGCCGUUCGUCAUGGCCCGCGUCGAGGCCAUGGCGCGGGAGCAGAGGCAGGCCAAGCUCUACAGCAACGAGUGGGGCAAGUGGCGGCCCGUGAGGCUCCGCAACGCCUCCACGUUCGCGACGCUGGCCAUGGACGCCGCGCUGCGGCAGGACGUGGUGGGCGACCUGGACAUGUUCCUGGGCCGGAGGGAGUACUACGGGCGCACGGGGCGGGCGUGGAAGAGGGGCUACCUCAUCCACGGGCCACCCGGCACCGGCAAGUCCAGCCUCGUCGCCGCGAUCUCCAACCAUCUCCACUUCGACGUGUACGACCUCGACCUCGGCGCCGUCCGGUCCAACACCGAGCUCAGGAAGCUGCUGAUCCGGAUGAAGAACAGGUCCAUACUGCUGGUCGAGGAUGUCGACUGCGCGUUGGCGGCGGCGCCGAGGAGGAGGGAAGCUGACGGAGGCUUCGAUGGGAACAUCCCAUCUUCCAAGCAUCACAAGGUCACCCUGUCCGGGCUGCUCAACAUGGUGGACGGUCUCUGGUCUUGCAGCGGGCACGAGCGCAUCCUCAUCUUCACCACCAACCACAUGGACCGGCUCGACCCCGCGCUGCUCCGGCCGGGCCGGAUGGACAAGCACAUCCACAUGGGCUACUGCGGCUUCGGCGCCUUCAAGGAGCUCGCGGCCACGUACCACGGCGUCGUCGACGACGGCCACCCCCUGUUCCCGGAGGUCGAGGCGCUGCUGCGGGAGGUGGACGCGGCGCCCGCGGAGAUCGCGGAGAGGAUGCUGGCCACGGACGACGCCGACGCCGCGCUCGAGGCUGCCGCGAAGCUGCUGAGGGACCGGAAGGCCGGGGUCGAGGAGGACGGCGGCGGGUACGUCAAGCAGAAGCUGCACGUCGGGCCGAGGCGGCCCCGCCCGCGGCCGGUGCCGGUGCCUGGGCGAGGCGCGAGUGCCGCGAGCGCGAGGCGGGUGGUGUUUGACGAGGAGAUCGGGCCUGUUCGCUUCAGCUUAUAAGCCGGCUGAAAAGCCGAAACGGCUGAUUUGUUGUGAGAGGAAAACACUGUUUGGUGGCUGAUAAGCCGGCUGAAUAAGCUGAAGCGAACAGGCCAAUCGUUCUGGGUGUCUCGCGGCGACAGGGGCGCGGGUCGGGCCGGCGCGGCCGCGGUGGAGUGCGCGGGCCAGGACGGGGCCGGCGGUAAGUAAGGGCGGCCUACUACGUGGUACGUGUACAAACACUACUGUUGUGUACUUGUGUCUACUAGUAUGUCAGCAUGAAAAAUUUCUGUGGACAAAUAGCACUGACACGUUUGAUUAGGCCCCUACGUCUCGCGCGAAUUAUAGAUACUUCUGAAUUUAGCAGAAGAGCUUUUGACUUUGGGUUCGGCA